UUUUUAAAAAUGUCAAAGCCGCAUCCGACCGAUAUAAUUCUUCCUGAACCAAUCCAGGUUUCACCGUUAAUUCGUUUUGCUCGCUGGACUGCUCUUGGCGCUGGAAUAAUUUAUGGCUAUGUCCGUUUCCAUCAAAUUGCUCGUGGUCAUGCACUUAUUCGUGAAUGGGAGGCUGAGAAACUUAUUCAUAAAGUUGAACAGGAGCACGAGAAAGCUAAAUUAAAUCAAAGGAAGGAGUCUGAAUUUAUCAUGCAGGUGACUGGUUCUAAUAUCGAUGAGGGCAAGGCAAGUAUGGAUGUUGAGCAUCUUUAUCUGAAAUUGUAG